UCGCCUCCCUUGGCCUCCUAAUUACCUACCACCGGUAGAGGCCGAAGAUCCCCAUCGACUCGUUCUGUGGCUGCCGUCCUUGCUUCGUUCCCAUCCGUCGGCGCAACUGCCUCGAGUUUAUGGUCAAAUAUUUCAAUGUAGACCCCCCCUCCAGAUUUGUAUUUUAAUCCCGUCAGCGGUUCACUGAUGACAGACCAUCAGAUGCUCUUUCACAACUCCGCUAUACCCUCGAAACAAUCAUAUGCCAAGUUCACGAAUAUCUGGCGCAUCCAUGCCGUAUUGAUUGGUUAUUCAUCUAUCAUACUCGUAGCUCGACUAUGGAAGAAGGCCCGGAUACAUUUGAAAGUAAUUCAUGCGUCGCGCUCGACACUUUCGCCUUCUCAUAAGAUUGCCAUCGCAUCCUACUUUACCAGCACCUACCGCGUGUCGCUGACACUUAUCUUCUGGUUUACCACGAAGUAGAAACAUCCAUAAGCACGAUCUCAUGACACGUCUGCUCGACAUUCUGCUCGAUAUCAUCGUCAACGUCUUCACUAACCACACUGCUCAACAAAACAUAGACGUU